UUACUCCCUCCUCCCCCUUAUUCCCCUAAUACAGAGAUGAACCUGCUCACAAGGCUGGUGGUUAAAGCAGAGCUGCACAGCAUACAGAACACACACAAUAAAGCAAUUCUCAUGACAUUACUUUAGAGGUGUGUGGAUGCACUCCACACAAACAAACAAACAAACAAACAGACACAUACACACAUGAACACACUGCUAUAAACAUACACACGUGGGGACUGGACUACUCCACUACUGGACCUCUCCCUCUGCAGGACUCUCCAAAAGAACCACAGAGCCUAGAAAUAACAGCUCUUGUCCUCUGUGGAAGUGAGCGAGUCUGACUGUGUCGAGACUGAAAGACCUCUGUGGAGUUUAUUGACUUGGCUGCUUAGCAAUCUAUCUUCCAGCACAGUCCUCCUUUAAAACUAUUUUAACUGUACUGGGAAACGGUUAUAGAACACCUUCUAAAACUCCCCCCUUCUAAGACCUCUCUGUGGUAUUAGAGAAAGAUCAAUCCCUCCUUUCAUCACCUCCUCUCAGCAGCGCAGGCAGGAGAAACGGGGAGAGGAGGAGAAGAGGAGGAAAGAACAGUCGUCCAUUAAACAUAUGCACCACUUCAUUUCCUCUAAGCUGGGGGUGACUGUCACUAGUGGGGACAUGGACGCUGGGGACGCCGCGUGCGACGAGACGGUGUGCGAGGCGCUGGGUCGCUUCGAGGCCACGCUGGCGGCGGCAGUGCGCGAGGUGCACGUGGACGUGAGUGCCUUCAAGCGGGGAGUGGAGCAGCGGGUGGACGAGGCGUGCCAAGCCCAGAAGCCCCUGGCCGAGGCGAUGCAACGGCUGACGCAGGAGAACCUGCAGCUCCGGAGUCAGCUGGAGGUGCUGGCCCGCCUGAUGGAGGGUCUGACAGGGAGAGGGGUGGACAGGAGCGCCCUGGAGGAGAGGGACAGUAGGGGACAGAUCCCCAUGACUUCGUCCCAGGGGAUGAUGAACAGGAGCCAGGGGAGUCCCUCCACCAUGGUCCCCACUGGACCAUCAGAGUCUGGUUCUUCUGGUCUUGGUUCUGGUUCUUUUGGUUCUGUUGCCUCUAGUUCCACAUCAGCCCAUCUCUCCAGCAGAGAGCCCAUUGAGGACAGCAGCAUGGUUAAUGGUCACAAAGGUGUUGACAAAAUGGAAGACAAAAAUGUUGCUGCUGUGUUGGAGAAUGGACAUCACAAAGAGCAAGUCAGUGGUCAGGCAGCAGAGAAGCACAAGCCUCAUCUCCCAGUCAGUGCCAUGACCAGGACUUGUCCCGAGUCACCAGCUGGCCCCAGACGAGCCUCAGUGGAGCUCAAGUCUGCUGGUCAUUUAUUAGCAUGUGUCACCUCACCCAAAGCAAGACCAGAUGUUUUGUUUAAAUCUGAUGACUCAUCAUUCGGCGAGCCACAUCUUCCCUGCACUGCCAUGACCAAAACAGACUCCCCAACUGGCCCCAAACCGCCAGCACAAUCUCCUUCUUUGGCCCGAAAGUCUCCUGCUCCAACACCAAAGUCUCCGACCUACCCAAUAGCUGACAUCACCACUCCCAAAACAGCACUUGAUGCUCUGUUUAGUCCUGCACCAGCAUUGAAGAGAGAGACCCCUGUAUCAAUGCGUACAUUUAACCUUCCAGGCCUAUCACAAGGAUCAGAGAGUUUUUCUGGACAACAAACGCAAGUGAGGUCACCAGUCAGCAGUCUUGCAGUGCAGAAGGAGAACACCACCCCUGUAUCUCUGGCCCCGCCCCAUACCCCUGUCAGUGCCUUGAGCAGAACUAGCCCAGAGUCACCAACUGCACAUGCCCCAAAUCAGUCCUCUGCCACCCCAUCUUGGUCUCCUUCUGCCGCAACUCAGUCCCCUACCACCCCAACUCAGUCUUCUGCAGCCCCAACUCAGUCUCCUGUAGCCCGUCCAUCUCCUUCCCCUGCACCCAAAACACCUAGUCAACCAGUAUUUGAGAAGACCACACCCAAAGCAUCGGGAGAAUUUCCUUUCAAACGUGGUGAACGUGUAGCACCUGCAGUUAAGGCAGCGAGCCCGAGUCUAACGCGUAGCAUGAGCUUCCCAGCAACCACAGAAAAACUCCUACCCCCCAGAAAAGUGCCUCCCUCUGGCACAGACAGGAGCCUGGACAAGUUUGGCGGUCCGGACAAGUUUGGUGGUCCAAAUAAAUUUGGUGGUCCGAACAAGUUUGGCGGUCCGGACAAGUUAGGCGGUCCGGACAGGCUUGGAGGUCUGGACAAGUUUGGGGGCGGUGGGGAGCGGAAGCUGCAGAGAUCACAAACGCUGCCUCGCAACCUCGGGAUGCAGGGCAAACGGUCUCUGUUUGAGAGUUUGGCCUCCGAGUGUGACAGCAGGUCCAAGGCUGCAGGCUCCAAGCCCAAACUGCAGCGCUCUCAGAGUUUUAAUAGCGCCAGCAGCAUUAAGGCAACGCUCCUGGAGUGGUGCCGCUCCAAAACUUUUGGCUACCAGAACAUAGACAUCCAGAACUUCUCAUCCAGCUGGUGUGAUGGGAUGGCCUUCGCUGCGCUGGUCCACUCCUUCUUCCCCCUGGAGUUUGACUACAACACACUGAACUCUGCCAAUCGCAAACACAACUUUGAAGUGGCCUUCACCACAGCAGAGGAGCAAGCUGACUGUGUGCGUCUCAUAGAGGUAGAGGAUAUGAUGGUGAUGGGUAACAAACCAGACCCCAUGUGUAUCUUCACCUACAUCCAGUCACUCUACAACCACCUCAAGAAGUUUGAGUGACACUCCCGUGCAGAGGCGACCACCCCUAUCACCAGCCACACUGACACGUCGUCAGCGAAGCAAAGCACUACUCGCUACUUGGUUCAACUCUUGAUAACUGUAUAUGACGAUUGUGCUUGUACAAUUCUAUUUGAAUUUGUCUUGUCAUGUAAUAAUGUGCUGUGCAUAUGGUUUGGGGCUCUUAUUUUGCCUCCUUUAGAAAAUAGAGGUAGUGAAUUUGGGAAAAGAUUGUAGUUUUACAAAUAUAUUUUUUAACUCAGAGAGCCACCUGCUGGUUAAUUUCUAGUGGUGUAAUUAGGAUACAAUGUAGAUCAUAAAAUAAAUUAAACAAGAUCUAUAAAAUAGUGUUUUUCAAGCAUGAAGCUAGCAAAACAUCUGAAAGACAUAAUUUAAAAAUCAAGUUGCAAAGAAAGUGGGAAGAAAGUGAAAAUGAAAGAAGUGUAAAUGCAAAGAAAGGUGGCAGGAGCAACUUGUUAGUUGUACGCACUGGUCUAGAAUCAGUUGGGCCUUCUGCUGAUGCCAAGGGACUCAAGGCAUUUUCAAAGGAAUGUCUUGCAGUGAGAUCAUGAUAUUUACAGGUAUGUUGAUGUUUAAAAGGCAUUUCUAUGUAAUAAAAAGUCCAGAUUGUCAGUGUUACAAAUAAAUAGCUGUAUCUACAAUUUGUAUUCAAUGUCAAUCAAAUGUAAUGGCUGAGUGUUUAUUUCAACUGUAUUAAAAUAAUAGUGAUGUACACUAUUUUUAUCACUGUC